AUGCAUAAUAACAAUUCUUUUUUCUAGAAUGACAUAAGUUAACAGUAAAUUGAUUAAGCACUCUUAAGAUUGAAUGCAUUACUCAAGGAUGAACCUCCAAAAUAAGAAAAAUAAAAGUUUAAAAAACCUCUACUUAUUAAUUAAGAAGAUGCAUCAAGUAUAGUUUCAUCAUAACCUAACUAUACAUAGUAAACUAAAAUGACAUCUGAAUAGAUCAAUCAUUUUGUUGAUAGAAUGAAUGAUAAAUUUAAACAGUAAAUAGUAUUUUAAAGUCAUUCAUAGAACUUAGAAUAAAAUAAUUGAGCUGAGAAAAGAUAAAAUAUAUUCUCCAAUUAAAGUGAAUGAAAAGAGUUAAUCAAUUCUCAAAUAAAAAAUAUAAAAUGGUGAAUAUUAAUCAUUAUAUGAAAGAGCUAAAAUCAGGUAAAUUGAAAAAUAAGAGAAGAUCAAAGAAAAUCAAAGAUUAAAAAUGUUAGAAGAAAUGAUGAGUAUGAAAACCAAAUGUAGUGAAUCAAAAUCAGUGGAUAAUUUCUUACAAAAAAUGGAUUAUUGGUUAGAGAAGAAGACUCAAUACAUCUAAAAUUAGUAAUAAGAAAAAAUAGAAAAAGAAUUGGAAGGAGUUACAUUUAAACCUAAUCUUAAUCCAUUAUCCACUAAGAUAGCUAAACAAUAAAAUAAGGAUAGUGAUCUAUUAGAACGCUUUUAGAAAUCCAAUCAAAAUAAAUAAAUGAAUGAGUAAAGAUUAUUAAAGGAUGAACUAAAAAAAACCCCAUUUACGCCUAAAUUAAACAAAAAUUCGAUUCUAAUAAACAACAAAGCAUAAAAAUAAUAGUAAUUCCGAAAUCACAACUAUUUCUUAAACUAGUAAGCAUUGAACUAAUCAAAAGACUCAAGUUUAAUUAAUUUUAAUAGCACUAUUCAGAAAUAACUAGUAUCAAAUGAAGCAUUUCAUUCAAAAUAAUCUAAAUCCUUGACUCCUGAUAAUAAUCGAUCUAGAUAUUCCACUGAAAAAAUCAAAGAUGAUCACUCAAUUAAAAAGAGAUCGACCACUCCUUUGAAACAAAAUAAAAUAAUCCCAAAUGUUUAAGAGGUCAAAUAUAAUCCAAAUCUGAAGUUUUUGAUGACAUUAGCCUAAAAAGAUUUGAAUUAUUCAUCCUUAUUUUGA